AUCACAGCUGCUCCUCAAGGCAACACUUCUCCUCCUGAAGGCCUGCGGACCUCAUCCUCCUCCACCCGGUCCUGAUGCUCAACGCGAUGGGCUUUCCUCCGCCGGUCAGUAAAGACAGAGUUAUCACCAAAUACCCCAAGGCCUACACCCCCCAGGCCAGCCUGCAGGUGAAGGAGGACUGGAACCUCAGGACCAAAGCCUCCUGCCAGGACCGGGCGGCCAGGAACCAGCCGUGGGACCGACAGAAAAUGUCGAAAGCAGUAGUGGUUGGAGACGUUAACGUGGGAAAAACAUGUCUUAUUAACAGGUUCUGUAAGGAUGUGUUCCAUCGGGACUACAAGGCCACCAUCGGUGUGGACUUUGAGAUUGAGCGUUUCGAGGUGGCCGGGACGCCGUUCUCCCUCCAGAUAUGGGACACGGCCGGGCAGGAGAAGUUCAAGUGCAUCGCCUCAGCGUACUACAGAGGAGCCCAAGUGAUCAUCACGGUGUUCGACAUGACGGACAUCAGGAGCCUGGAGAACACUCGCCAGUGGCUGAGUGAGGCGAUGACGGAGAACGAGUCCGGGGGAAACCUGGUCUUCCUGGUCGGCACCAAGAGCGACCUGCUGUCUGUGGAGGAGAGGCAGAGGACGGAGCAAGACGCCACCAAGAUGGCCGCCGAGAUGCAAGGAGAGUUCUGGGCCGUUUCUGCCAAAUCAGGGGAGAAUGUUCCGGAGUUCUUCUUCAGAGUGGCGGCGGUGGCCUUGGAAGACAUCGUCCUGAGAGACACAGAAAGCGGCGCGGCCACUAGCAUCGCUCUAGCUAACAGCAUCCGAUCGGAUCGAGCAGAGAGACCCAAAGAGACAAAGUCAACCUGCUGCUGACAGCCAGACGGACGGAGAGACAGCUGGAAUUCUGUCCAGGAGAUCACCGCCUCCUCCUCCUCCUCCUGCAGUGCCUUAAUACCUCCUCCCAGCUGCCCUCUCCUCCGGGUGCUGCUGGCUCCCUUACGCUAACCCUCAUCACCAUCUUCAUUGUGUUCAGUAUUGUGUCUCAUUCUGAAAUCCCCCUGGAGUCGUCCAGAACUAAAGACUGAAAACAUCCUCCACAACCUAGUGUUUAUCCAACUGUCCUUACCUCGUACUGAGUACUAUCAGUACGAGGUCAUUUUAAGUCAUUUUUUUAACAAUGAAAUAUAUUCUAGUGCAUUACUUUAACGUGUAUGUUUGGUUAUAAUAAAUGUGUAU